AUGGUUUCUCUUGGUCAGCAAACAUUUUGUUCUACAUCACCCCAUUUUUUCAAGGUUAUUCUGGAGAACAGUUCUUUAGACCUCAAACUGAAAAUUCCAAAGAAAUUUGUGAUGAAGUACGGUAAGGAUCUCUCAAAUUUGGUCUGUCUUAAGCUUCCCAGUGGCUUUGAAUGGGAAGUGGAAUUGACCAGAUGUAAUGGUAAGGCUUGGUUUGAAAAGGGUUGGCCAGAGUUUUAUAGUUUCUGCUCUCUAGCCUGUGGUAACUUCCUAGUUUUUCGGUAUGAAGGGAAUUCUACAUUCGAGUUAUGUAUAUUUGAUACAAGUUGCACAGAGAUUGAUUAUCCUAUAAACGUGUCGAAGAUUGAUGAAGAUGAAGAUGAUGAUUUAUCUAUUGAUAUCCUGGACGACUUUUCACCCUGCCUAAAAUCAAGGGAGAAAUUUUCAUUAAUAUCUCCUCCUUGCAAGAAAAUGAGAAAAAGGUCGGAUACUAUAUCAGACAGCAUUUCUGAAUAUGAGAGUGCUCAACCUUUUUCCACGGUCUUGUUUGAGAAGCCAAUGCUAAUGAAAGAUUCACAUUGCUCUAAUUCAGAAUCGAAAGGGGAGGGUCAUAGGGUCGCUUUGGAAAGUGCAGUUAGAGGCUCUUCUUGCACUAGAAGACUCCCAAAACAGACACUUGAUCACAAGAUCAUUAAAAAUGCUCUUCAGAGCGCUAGUGCUUUCAAUCCUGAUGACGCACCAUUUUUCAAGAUCUCAAUGAAGACUGUAAAUAUCCAUAGAAGUAUUCUGUCUUUGCCAUCUAAAUUUUCUAAGAGACAUCUUACCAAGCUACCGGCUGGUAUUGCCACCCUUCAAUUUUCGAGCGGAAGAACUUGGUCUGUUAGAACAUGGUCUGUUCAAUUCAAGUAUGAUCAUGACACCUCAAAAGCUCAAUUGCUGAAUGGUUGGUCAGAAUUUGUAAGGGACAAUUGUUUGAAAGUUGGGGAUGUGUGUGGCUUUUUCCUUAUUGACCGCUAUAGUUUUGUAUUUGAAGUUGCCCUUCCCAACAACGAAGCUCCAAAUUUCCCCAUGACAGCAGGCGAUGGAGAUUUAAUAAUAGUUCAAGAAAAGAGAAGUCCUGAUAUUAAAGUUGAAUCAGAAUGUGACUUGAGUUGUGAAUUUGAUCUAUCUAGCUCCCUUGCAAUUGUCAAUAAGCCCAAUAUUAGUGAGCAGCUUACUCAAAGGCGGGAUCGAAGGAGUAAUCUUGAUGCUGCUAACAAGUUCGUCUCAGAUAAGCCCUUUUUCUUAGCCACUCUUGGGUCACUCCAUAAAGAGAAGUCAAAUGUGUGGUUACCAGCUAAAUUUGUCGAGAGUUUCAUUAAGGUGGCGAAACAAACUGUGAAACUUCAGGUAGAGGAUAGAUCUUGGCCUGUAAAGUUGUUUCGCUAUGGCAAGACUUCAGCUAAGUUUUCUGGUGGCUGGGCUGCAUUUGCUAAAGAACAUCAGUUGGAAAAAGGAGAUGUCUGCAUAUUUGAGCUCACUGAGAGAAAUGACAUUGUAUUGAAAGUUCACAUUUUUAGAUGUUGA